AUGUAUUCAGAUGAAACCAAAAGAUCUUUUAAUUUUCAAAUUGUAGAAUCAAGUGAAGAUAUGAUAGAUCUUAAAAUCAAAUUUGAUGAACUAAAGGUGUUAUUAAACAAAGAUGAAAUUGAGCAGAAUUUAGGUAAUGAUAAUAAUCAAAAUUCAGAAAAGGAGGACAGCAAAAAAAGUAAUGAUAAAGAAGAAGAUGCUAAUAUGAUAAAAAAUGACUACGAAGAGAAAGUUGAUGAAAUGUAUAAAGGAAAGAUAGACUAUGAAGCUGAAGAGGAAGCACAAGAAUUACAAGAACCACUUCAAAAUAAUAUGCUAUUACAAAAUAACUCACCUUCAUCUUAUCGACAACACUCAUGCUUACCUUCAUUUCAUCAACAACAUUCAUCCUUGCCUUUAUCUCAUCGACAAUAUCUACCUUCAAUUCAUCAACAAUAUCCAAAAGAUCUUUUUUUUAAACAAUCUAAUAAAUGCUCAUAUUUUCCAUCUGCUAAUAAUGAAGAUAAAUCUUCAAAAGAUGAAUAUCUUAAUUCUAUGAUUUCUAAAGAACUAUUAUAUUCUCUUUUAAAUGUACCAAAUACAAAUUAUAUUAAUUCUCAUUUAUCUACAUUACAGGCAUUAAAUUUAAAUAAUAAUAAUAAUAUAUUAUCCAACAAGAAUUCUUCAAGUGAUACUGAUACACCUAAUUUGGCAAAGCUUCUUGCUGAACAAUCUCAUAUUUUAUUUUUGUGA